CGCUCGCCGCGGGGCCGCGGGGAGCGCGCCUGCAGCCCCCUCCCCGCGGCGGGGCGCGCGUGCGCGGUACCUCGGCGGCGGAGGGAUCCGCGAUGGAAGGCGCUCUGAUGGUCCGCCAGAUUUCAAGUUCUGCCUAUAAAGACAGGAAUGAGGAGUAUAAAAGACAGUUCACACAUCUACCUGAUACAGAGAAGCUGAUAGCAGAUUAUGCUUGUGCUCUUCAGAGGGACAUUUUGCUUCAGGGACGGCUAUACCUUUCAGAAAACUGGCUAUGUUUCUAUAGCAACAUCUUCAGAUGGGAAACUACAAUUUCUAUUGCUUUAAAGAACAUAACCUUUAUGACCAAGGAGAAGACCGCUCGACUCAUCCCAAAUGCUAUCCAGAUCUUUACAGAGGGUGAAAAGUUUUUCUUCACAUCUUUUGCUGCCAGGGAUAGAAGUUACCUCAGUAUCUUUAGGUUGUGGCAGAAUGUACUGUUAGACAAGAGCUUGACCAGACAGGAAGUCUGGCAGCUGCUCCAGCAGAACUAUGGCACUGAGCUAGGCUUAAAUGCUGAAGAGAUGGAGAACUUGUCCCUGUCGAUUGAGGAUAAUGUGCAGCCAAGAAGUCCAAGAAGAAGCAGCUUGGAUGACUGUGGGGAGAGAGAUGAGAAAUUAUCCAAGCCGAUCAGUUUUACCCGUGAAUCAAUUAGUCGGGUUUCAGAAACAGAGUCAAUUGAUGUAAAUCCACAAAAAGGGGGGUUAGGGAAAGAGGAACCCCAAAGUGAGAAACAGAUCAAAAGUCCUUCACUAACUUCAGAAAAGAGGUUAAGUAGACUGUCAUCAAAAUCACUGGACUUGAAUAAAAAUGAAUAUCUUUCUUUGGACAAAAGCAGUACUUCAGAUUCUGUUGAUGAAGAAAAUAUUCCUGAGAACGAUCUUCAUGGAAGACUUUAUAUCAACCGUGUUUUUCAUAUCAGUGCUGAGAGAAUGUUUGAAUUGCUGUUCACCAGUUCACGCUUUAUGCAGAUAUUUGCCAGUUCUAGAAAUAUAAUAGAUAUAGUAUCUACCCCUUGGAAUGUAGAGCCUGGAGGUGACCAACUGAGAACCAUGACCUACACUAUAGUCCUUAAUAAUCCACUAACUGGAAAGUGCACCACGGCCACUGAAAAGCAGAGACUGUAUAAAGAAAGUCGGGAAGCACAAUUUUACUUGGUAGAUUCAGAAGUGCUGGCACACGAUGUUCCCUACCAUGAUUACUUCUAUACUCUGAACAGAUACUAUAUCAUCCGAUCUUCAAAGCAGAAAUGCCGGUUGAGAGUUUCAACAGAUUUGAAAUACAGAAAACAACCAUGGGCCAUUGUCAAAUCUUUAAUUGAGAAGAAUUCCUGGAGUUCCUUGGCGGACUAUUUCAAACAGCUUGAAUCAGAUUUGUUAAUGGAAGAAUCUAUGGUAAAUCAGCCCGUUGAAGACCCUGGAAAACUUAGUGGCCUACGAAGGAGAAGGCGAACAGUCAACAGAACAGCAGAAACAGCUCCUAAACUUUCUUCUCAGUGUUCUUCUGGAGACCUGGGCUUAGAUGCCAAAGGGGAUAUUACAGGAAAGAAAAAGGAAAUUGAAAGCUAUAACACCAUCCUUAUUGUGGUGAUGAGUAUUUUUUUGCUGUUGCUGGUUUUAUUGAAUGUGACGCUGUUUCUGAAGCUGUCAAAGAUAGAGUACGCUGCUCAGUCCUUUUACCGUCUUCACCUCCAGGAAGAGAAAUCUGUUAAUUUAGCCUCUGAUAUGGUGUCAAGAGCAGAAAAUAUUCAAAAGAGCAAAGAUCAGGCCCAUCGCUUAAAAGGAGUACUCCGGGACUCCAUCGUGAUGCUGGAACAGUUGAAGAGCUCACUCAUUAUGCUUCAGAGAACCUUUGAUCUACUAAAUAAGAACAAGACAGGCAUGGCUGUCCAAAGCUAGUGAUCUUAAGGACCAAAAUUAUAGAGAUAUGUGGAACCAAAAGAAAACGUCUUGAAGAAAACUAGAGGGUGAAGGAUUUGAAUUGUCAUAGGAACAUUUCCAUAUUUUCUCAUUAUUUGUACUUCUAAUAUUAACAUUCUUUUGAAUAACAUUUAUUGGAGAAUUAGUCUCUGACGGCCUUAGGAAUCCAUCCUUUCAUUUCUUAUACAUAAUUCUAAGCUGUGAAUUUCUCCAGUGAAGCAUGAAAUAUAUUGUGGAUUUGAAUUUCUGUGAUACAAAAAGAAAAUGAGACAUUCUGAACUGAGUGGUAUGGCCUCAUUUUCACAGUGAAGUUUGAAGUUUGACACUUUAUCUGUUAGUACAGAAUCAGUAUGUGUCCAAUAGGCUGCUUUCACAGUUGAGAUACAUUCAAGAGGAUAAAGAAGACAAUAUAAGAAGAAAUCUCUAAAUCAUUACUAACUUUGAAGGAUCAGUUUUCAGGCAUCUAUUAUAACAUUUAUAGAUUCUUGUACUAUAAAUAUUAUCAAUACAAUGUCUUCAUUUAUUUAGCGUGUAAAUUCAGUAGUCAAACGUUUUGAAUCUGCAUGUUGAUGAUGAUUAUCUGAAAGGUUCUUCAGCCAUGUGGUAUCUUUAUGAAAGAAAUAGGUGUUUCUUCAGGUGGCUCUCAGAGGUGAGAUUAUCUUGCUCUUCAUACAUUAUAUGGCAGAAGAGUCAAUUUUGGAAAAGGAAACAUGUAGGAUACCAUCUCUCAAAACGAAGAACCAUGCUCUGAGUUUUAAAGACUAGAAGAUUAUGUUAAAAUCUGGGCAUGUUAGUGACAGAUCAAAUGAAUACUUGAACUAAGCUUGGCUUCAGCUUAGCAGACUUUCAUGGUGGAAAUGAGCCAUCUGGUUGAAAAUAUUAUAAUUUGUGGACUACUUUUCAGUAGCCACGUAUGGCUUCAUUUACUCAUUCACAUGUGUGGCUUUAGUCAGUCAGUUGUAAGCCAGACACAAACUUUAGCUCUUUAAGAAAGACUUUGGGGGGCAUUUUCUCCCAAUAUAAGUGCACUGACAAGUUGUAAAUCAGACAUGAGCUUUGGCUCUUCAUUAAAAGUUUUUAGGCGUAUGUGUCUCAAUACAAGUGAUGUCUGUGGAACAAGAGAAGGACAGUGCAGAAUAAUUUGUAUAUAUUCUUACUGCUUGAAUAACAAUUGCCUUUAGUUAGAUGUCUCUUCUUUGCCCAGUCACCCAAGCCACAUGGGAUUGCUAAAGUCAUUUUCGAGAUGCCCAUAGAGAAUGAAAUUAUUGACUGGAUUAGAGGAAAAACGGGUUUCUCUGGGUGAAUCUCAACUAACCUACCUUGGGAUACCAGUGUACCUACCUGGAGGUUUUUCGAUAAGGAUUUAUGAUGUGUCUGACUGAGCAAAAGUGACUGGAUUGUAAACUUGAAACCUUGUUCUCUGUUAAUUUCACAAAAAUGGUCACUGACAAGCUGAGUAUUUUUGUGAUAUUUCUUUAAAACCUGUACUUCAUAAAAUACCUCAAAGAAAGUUACCAAAGUUAAGUUGCUUUGUAAAUUACAACUAGAUAUGUAUGCAUUCAAUUAAUUGUAUUUGAGCCUAUGUAAAUUGAAUAUCAAUAAAACCCCAAAUCUCUG